AAUAGAGAUCUACCGCGGCCAGAGAGAUUAGGUUGUUUCUAUCUUGUCGUUAACAGAAGUUUCUCUCGGCCAGAAACCAUGUCCUAUUUGCCGCCGAUGUUGGAUCCUGAUGAAUAUUGGGAUACAUUCCGAGCCGAACACACAGGUGUCUUCUGGGACGUCAAUAGUUUCCCACUUCCAGAUAUCCAUCCCCACUUGAUUUAUGAGAAUAUCAAAUUAACCCUUAGCAGUAAAGGUUACACGGGACCCGUGUCUAUAUGGUUGUAUGCAUAUAGUGAAUCCAGGAUACGGAAUAAGGAGGAUUAUGAGCUUGCUGGAUUCAGAUUCUGUUUCGAACCUUACGACACGAGAGAUUAUAGAAUGACAGUGGACAUGCUACUAUGUGCGCUGGAUCAUCCAAGUUCAAAUCUGAUAGUAAUCGCACGAAACUUCAUAGAUGAAGAUGCAGUCUUUAAUAUUCACCUUUUGCACAAUAGAAGACUGAAUAUCUUCUUAGCAUACGAUCAGGUUGUAGAACCAAUAAUUCCUACUCAAAACCCACUAUGGCUUCUUGAAAGUCUCUGGCAAGCUUCUUUACAACCUUCUUUAGAUCAACAACAAGGCGGCGAACAUGUUGUUGACAAAAAGCUCAAUACCACCAUCAGAAUCAUCAACACCCCCCCAAUGCCGACGACCGUAGUUGAUCUGGAUCGUACUACACAUGCCAUCUGGAACGCUGUGGAUUCUGCAGCACUUGAAGAUUUGGAUCCUGUAAUCUCUGCUGCCAAUAUCGAUGCCUUCUUUAUGCUUAAGGGUCUUCCUCCUCCUGAUUUCACCAAGGUGUUUGCUGAUGAGGAUGCCCUCCCUGAACAUCUCAUCUCUAAAUAUCUAGGUUCCACUCUCCUUCUCGAUAUCGUCCCCAAAGGAAAUACACGUGUCAGAAAUCAGAGAAUUGCAACGUUCAUUCUUUUCCAUGCAUUAUCUUAUCUUUGCGAUCCAACAACCUUGCUUGUACUCUCAGAAGACGUUCUGGAAGAAGACCCUCUUCUCAAGACUGUUUAUGAAUCUUUGCGAUUGAAAGGUUUCACUCUUAUUUUUGAGCCGCCCAAGUCCAUAUUAGCGUCUGAGUUACAUUUGCAUCCCAGCUUACGAAGAUGGUUCUGA